CCCUCGUUUGUGAGACACAUAGAGUGUUUGUUUUAUUGAGCCAAAUGGAGGGAAAUUCUUGGAAUUUGGAUAGUGUGUUGUACUGACGUAGCUGCUGGUGGGAUGCCAGAUUUCCGUCUUCAUUAAGUUCAAGCAUCUGCAACGAAUACUUCCUAACCAUUCCCAUAUAUGAUAAUAUGUAUUAUGAAGCCAACCUAAUCAGCUCUUUUCCCCAAGAAAGUUUGUGAAUAUGAAAAUGCUAUGCAAAAUCUGAUAUAAAUGUAGAAUCAAAUUGUUUCCUUUAUUUUUCUUGUAUCACCAGUAUAUAAAUUGUACUAGCCAGCUAUCGUUAAUGUCACUCGCUGAAUUUCUAAACAACAACGAAUAUUUGGAUUCUGACUUGCGGGAAAAUCCAGUAACACGAUCAUGGGCCAAGAAACUCUAUAUACACAUCGAUCGUUUCAUUUCUCCUAAUUUGGAGCGUAAAAAUGAUUCUACCUGCGAAAUUGCCUGCAACUUGAUGAAACACAUCAAAAACAGUAAGGACUCGAAAUUGUCAAAUCCAAUUGAAAUCUCAAAAUUGGAAACUGGUUUUUCAAAACCAGAGCAAUCAGAUGGAGUACUCGACCAUUUAAAUUGUAUGGACAAGAAUAAAUCAGAAGUUGAAAAACCAUUUGUGAUUGGUGUCUUAUCAGCAUCUGGCAGAGUGAAGAAUGCUUUUUAUAUUUGCGAUGCCGGGGGCCGAGCACUUUGUCAUAUGGUACAACCCGAGCCCUGUUACCCAGGUUCUGUAGUGCUGAUUGAAAAAUGGAGGGUGCGAGUUGUUGAUGACUUUGAGUAUCUUCCUUGUUGUAUUGAAGUUUUAUCAAAACCUGUUGUACUUUAUCAGAAAAUCGAAAAUGUUAAUAAAACUGUCACAGCCAUCUCUGGCAUCAGUAUAUCUGGUUUUGUCUCGAAUGUUUCAUCUUGUCUGAGACUGAAGGGUUUGUAUUACGUAAUCACUAUUGUGCAGUUGGACGCAAAAAUAAGGAACGUUUUAGUCACCGAAAACAAUUUCUCUCACUGGGUUUUAUGUGUUAUGCGUGGUUCCAAGGUCACAAUUUCAAGGUUAAAGUCCUGUGAUUUACUGAACAGCGGGGAGCGCUUUAAAGUCCUAAUGCCAUUGUCGGAUUCUGAAAUGAUAAUUCAAGAUCAUCCUUUAUUGAAUAUACCCUCAGAUACACCACUUGCAAAAAGUUUGUUUUGGAGGUUUCUAGAGAUCGCGUCUUUGCAGUCUGAUGACACUGAUCGCCUUGAUGAUAUAGCUUGCCCAGCAUAUUACGGUAAAAUCUCAACCUUGCUAAGUCCUGAGCUCGGCAUCUUUUCAUUGGACUCUGGUGCUGUCAUUUUGCAUUGCACAUAUUUAAUAUGUGAAGACCUUGGCUAUGCAUUGUGUCCUGGUGCUUCCAUCCUUGUGACAAAGGCCCAUUAUGCUUACGUUGAUCGAAAUAAUUCAACUCAUUUAAUCUGCUGUGCACGAAGUAACAUUAUCGUUAUCAAACAUUCUGAUUCUGUGGUUUCUACAUGGCAACCUUUGUAUGUUAGUCGGAACAGGUUUAUACAGAAAUAUCUUGUAAACAGCCGAUUUCUUCAAAACCCAAUUUGCACUUUCUAUCUGCUAGAAUUGAUUGAAAACCUGAUCGUACUCUUCCCGUUUCUAUCUGCAAAAGCAUUAAUGGGUUUGCCGUUAGACAAUGAAUACUUUUCUAUUUUGCCAUGGUUGCUUUUCAGAGAUGCAUUAUCGAAUCUAACUGAUUUUACCACAGACAGGUUGCCUUUCGUUGAAUGCUUGAAAACUCCUCAUUCUUGUCUUGUUCAAAGAAUGAUUGAAAUGUCAAAAUCGACAUUUUCGUUGACAUCAAUAAAUGAUUUAAAGGAAAGAAUAUUGUUCAAAUUUUCGAAUAGUAUGAAUUCACAAGAUGAUUUUUAUUGCUUUAAUGUUUUUGAUUGUGAAGAUUUGAGAUCUUACAAAACAUCGUGUUGGAGGGAUAACUUGAUUCUAAUGGGUUUGUUAAGUGGUAACGUAAAAUCCGGUAAUCUUCAGCUUUCCGAUUCAAAAGGUUCUAUAGACUGUCUGUUACUAAAGUCAAGCGAUUCUAAUUCAUAUCUGCCGUGCCUUGAUGACAUGGACUGCCUGGUAAGGAUAACGAAAUUCAUUGUAAUUGUGGAGUCAUUGGAAGCGCAGGAGUCACCAACUUUCGUGACUUGCUCUGAGGACAUUCCCAGCACAUCAGAAAUCUUCAAUCAUGAGAAAAGAUCGGAAAUAAUAUGUAUUGCCUUCUCUGAUUCCGAUGUCGACGUUCUACACAGGCCAACAGGUAUCUUGGUUAAUCAACAUCGAAAACUAGGAUGCUCCGAUCAAAUUAUGAACCACAAAGAUCUACUUGAACCACCUUCAAAACAGCAUGCAAGUUUUGUGAUAUAUGUUCUUCUUACAAACAUUAACUAUAUGGAACAUUCGAGUUUUAACUGCAAUGGGUUUUUGAUUAAUUUAACUGAUAAAGAAAGCAAUUUUCCACAAGUUAAAUUACACUUUCGGAAUCUUGUGAAGUUGAGAUCAUUUCUUCACCAUGGAAUGAUUCUUAAAAUAGUCUCUGCUUCAGAGAUUUCGCCCAAUUCAUCUGGGGUUGUAUUUAUCAACAACCAUCAUGGAAUAAAGCAUUAUGAUCGUUCAAAUGAGUUAACCGAAUUCAUCUUACAAAGUGUUAAAGAAAAGUGGAAAAAUUCAGCUUUUGCAAGAUUGCUAAAAAAUGUUUAUACAACAUCGGACAUUCGUUUGAAGCCCACUGAUUCCAGAGUUUGUGUGAAGGGACUUAUAAAAGUUAAAAAAUAUUACAUGGAAAAUUGCAGCUUACGUUUACGAAUUAGUUUAGAAAAUGACCUUUGUGUAUACAUGGGUAAAGUUACUGGUUUGACCUUUCUUCCUGGAUUACUUCCUGGUUGUUCUGCGAUUUUUCGAAACAUCAAAGUGACCUCUUCACACAAAGGCAACGUUUAUGGAAAAUUCGACUCUUUAUCUUCUAUAGUUAUCGAAAGCAUUCCAAGCACUGAAUCAGGAAAGCAGUCCAAAUGCACUGGUGCGUACACAAAUUUAUUCGAAAUUGAGAAAACUGAACUUCCAAGUAAUAGUGUUGAAACUUUGGAUUUCGAUGAAAUACAAGUCAGUCUACUCUUUGAUCUGUACUUACAGAAUUGUGUAACAGAUGUUGUAAAACUGGAAGUUUCGCCGCGAACUAUUUUGAAAGUAACAAUCAGAGUUACUGAGACUACCAAAUUAUUUAACGCAAAGUGCUUAGUCGAUGACAAUACCGGGCGAAUAUUACUGUAUUUCGAUGAUAGUGGAAGAUUUUUUCAAUUUAUUAAUGCGCCCACUGAAUCUAAAAGAGAAUUUUUAAACCUACUCAAGACUUAUGGGUCAUCUGUUCUUGAGUACAACUCUCUUUUACAUGAUUCCAAUAAUUUAAUCAUGAAUUUCCCAAACCUACAACACUUGAAAGAGGAAAGAUCAUUCGCUCUCAAUUAUCUGAUCUCUCUUUGCAACAAGAUUAAUUGCUCUGUUAUGCCAAGCAAAGUAGUAUUCGCUCGUACUAGCGGGCACAUGGAAUUGUUUAAGGAAGGAACUGUGGGAGUGGGGAGCCAGGGUAAUGACCAGAUGCUGUCAAGAUAUUUGAAACUGUGUCAUGCUAACUGUAUAAAGGUGAUAUGAAUAGUGGGUGUCUCCUCAAGCACAGGAUAUGAUUUAUAUAUUUGUCCCGUUUUGAAAGGCUUAACCAUAUGGCGAACCACGGCCUCUCAUCUGGUUACCAUUCCAUGUCGGGUAUGGGAUUAGUUACCGUAGUUAUUUGUUUUUGGAAGUGUGAAUUU